AUGACUCGUUAUGAAGAGAAACUUUAUUUUCAAAGCGUUUUCGAUGCUAUUGAUCAAGUUUAUAAUUUGAAGAAAUCUCAAAAACAUUCUGGUUAUGAAGAACGUUUGCGUGCUUCAUUUAAUAAAUUACUUAUACCUGACUGGUAUAAUCAUGAAUAUACAGCAACUAAUGGAUUACGAAAAACAAAAUCUCAUGGGCAUGUACCUCGUGUCAAACGAAGUAAUACUAAUAAUGAUACUAAUAAUAAUACAAAUAAUAAUAACAAUAGUAUUAGUAAUCAUCAUAAUAAUAAUGAUGAUACUCCUGAUACAUCCGUUUCAUCAUCAAUUAAUUCACCUCAUUUAUCGAAUGGUAAUCAUAAACAAUCAUAUCGUCAUCGAUCUACAAGUCGUUCAUGGUCUGAAAGACCUCCAUUAAGACGUGAUUCAACAACGUCAACUUAUGAUACAAAUGCAAGUGUUAUUAAUGGUCGAUCAUCGACAACUUCGAAUGGUUCAACAUCAUUAUAUGCACCAGGUGUUCAACGUGUUGCUCAGUCAUCAACAUGGUAUAAACCACGAUCCUUUUCAACAAAAAUAUCCAAUGGUAAUACUAAUGGACAUCUAAUUGAAGUACCUAAACCCUUGCCAAGAUGUUCGCAAAUUGGUAAGUGA